AUGGCCCAAACACCCAAACAAGUGACGGCCAAUGAGCUCACACAGGACAACAGUCAAUCUGUGGAAGGCAAAUUGAGCUCAGAAGAACAAGAGGGCCUGGAAGUCAGUGGGCAGUGCAUAGCAGUACCUCAGUCACCUGAAGCAUUGCUUUACACUAUUUAUAAACAGAGGAGUGACGAGUUUCGGAAGUUAUUCAAAGAAGUGCCCGAGUCUGAGAAACUAAUUGCAGACUACACCUGUGCUCUCCAGAAGGAUAUCUUGUUACAAGGACGCAUCUACCUUACAGAGAAUUGUUUAUGUUUCUACAGUCAUGUUUUUCGUGGUACAAAAAUCACAGUAAAUAUGCAGGAUAUCAUCUCAAUAUUACGAGAGAAGACAGCGAAAUGGAUACCAAAUGCCAUCCAGAUCAAUACUAAUUCAGAGAAGUUGUUCUUUAGCUCAUUUUCAGCAAGAGAGAAAAGUUUCCUGGGUAUGUUUCGGCUUUGGCAGAACGUUCUAAUGGAGAAGAAACUGACCAAGUUGGAGCUGUUGCAGAUGGUUAAGCAGCAUUAUGGCAACGAUUUAGGAUUGAGUCAUGAUGAAAUGGAAAGCAUUCAAUCAUCAGUAGAUACUGUCACACCUACCGUGCCCAGUCUGAAUAUGCGUGGAGAGGAUUACACGGGGAGACCAGAAAGGCCCACAUCGCUUCGUCUUCCCCAAGGGGAGCUGAAUUCUUAUGAGGCCACCACACCACAGGGAGACGACACACAGUCUUCAGUUGGACUGCAAAGCAUGCUUUCAGCAAAUGGAGGGGACGACACUCUCAGUACCCCGUCCCAUCAGCGCAGUCCAAAUCUGUCAUUAAACCGCUCAGGGUCUGAACGAGUGUCUAAACGCUCCUCUCUCUCUCUGGAUCUAAAUGCCAAUGAAGACCAGCUCUCCGAUAACAGCAGAUCUGACAGCUUGGAGGAGGUGGAAGAACGUGAGACAGCGUCUCCUGUGUCUCAGGGAAGGCUGUUUGUGAACCGGGUCUUUCACAUCAGUGCUGAGAAGAUGUUUGACCUGCUUUUCACUGAUUCUAAUUUCAUGCUGAGGUUUAUGGAUAUCAGGAAGAUCAUAGGUGCAAGCUCUACCUCUUGGCAAAGGGAGGCAUCUGGUGGUAUGAAAAGGACUUUGAACUUCACCAUCACCAUUAAUAACCCCCUGAUUGGCAAGUUUUCCACUGCCACAGAAACUCAGACGCUAUAUAAAGAGUCGAGGGAGGGUCAGUACUACAUGAUAGAUGCGGAGGUCUACACACAUGAUGUACCUUACCAUGACUACUUCUACACUCAGAAUCGCUACUGUAUCAUCCGCAACUCCAAGCACAAGUGCAGACUCAGGAUUUACACUGAUGUCAAAUACAAAAAGCACCCAUGGGGUCUUGUGAAAUCCUUUAUCACAAAAAACUCCUGGAGUGGCCUAGAAGACUACUUCAGACACCUUGAGGCAGAGCUGCUAGAAGAGGAGGCAGAGUUGACUCAAGGAAGCGGAGAUGCUGGAAAGACGGGUGGUUUGCGCAGGAGACGAAGAACUUACAGUCGCACCCUACAGGAACACAUGAAGCCAGGGAAGCAGUACAGUGCAGACUUAGAUCAGCAGAGAGACGGCACCAUGGGUGCCAUGGAUAUAAAGAACACACAACACAGAUGGAACAUCACUUCGAUUGUGUUUGCGAUGAGCUUAAUUCUUUUUGUUCUGGUGGUUCUGAACUUGGGGCUGUUCUAUAAACUUUGGGCCAUGGAAGAUGUCGCUCACCGUAUGUAUCUGAAUACCAAGCACAGAAUGAAGGAGAGAGUAGAGUCCAGUUUGGCACCUGGCCAAGGGCCUAGACAGGGUAUGCCACACAGAAGUCGAGAAGAAGCACAUUUACUGAGGGCAGUACUGCAGGACUCCAUUAACCUUCUAGAACAGCUACGCAGUUCUCUUGUGGUGCUUCAGCAGACCUUUCAGGUCUACAACAGAUCCUCCUCUCAGCUUUAAAUGGCAUUGAGUUUGGUGACCUGACAACACAAGGGUUUUCUUCCCAUAA